AUGCAGUCAGCAAACCUCCUCCUGGAUCGUGGCCAAGAAGCCAAAGCGACCCCUUCAAAUCAACUACUAGACUCGAGCCUUGAGAAAAAGUCCGCCACCACCCAACACCUCGAAACCCUCACAACCAGCAUAAUAACCAGCUUCAAUGCCCAAGACUUCACCACCCCCUUCACCACCCUCGCCUCCCCACACUACACCUACGCCCACCGACACUCCACCGGCGAAAUCCUCCACCUCGACCGCUCCGGCGCCCAAACCUUUGUGGAAACCCUCGUCAAGUCAAAACAUCCUCAGCAUUACGCGGAUGUUUUAAGUCUUUCGACCCGAGUGGAUGAGGAGAGGGGAUACGCGAAUGUGUGGGUUAGUUUGAGGGUUAGUGAUGGUGGGGAGGGGAGGGUGGGGUUGAGGGAGAGGGUUAGUGUUUUUUCGUGGAGGUGGGAGGGGAUGGGGACGGGGAAGGGGUGGGUUUGGUGGACGCAUGCUUGUGCGGAUGAUGUGCCUGGGGUGCCGUUUUGA